AUGCCCUCGUCCUCAUCGACCAAUCGGGUCACAGACCUUGUCGCCCGCUUCGAGGCCGACACGCAACAGCGCCCACACCCACGCGCAAGCCAGACAACGAGAUCCAGCCCUAGUAUCAUUCGAGGCUCACUCUCAACGAUGGACUGGAGACCGAUCGAGCGACUCUCUCCACCAGCAUCACGGCCUCCUCGCCGCUCAAUGACCGCUCUUCAGCCCACUGGCCCGACGCUCGUACCGCCCAGUGUCAGGCGGCCGGAGCCCCAUGUUCAGAAGGGAAUCAGCAACGUGACACUCGAUCUGACGCCGUAUUCUCGCGAGGAGCGAGAGCUUUACGGUCUCGAGAAGGCUAAAGGAGACGGAGCAGCGCCGCGCGAGCUUGCGGGAGAUCAGCUGAAACUAUGCGGGAAGGAGGCCAACAGAGGGAUUAGGAGAAGACGUGGACGCAGAAGAGGAGGCUUUCAAGAGCUGGAUGACAAUGAUGACGACAGCUGCGAGGAAGGAAGGAAUGGCAUGGCCAUGUCCGACCUCGAGGAGAAACCAUCUCGCACUUCUCCUAGCAUCCUACCACCACUCCAACUCCUCAACACAACAUCAACUCUCAACGAGCUCAAGUCCAACGCUGUAGGUCCCCGUGCUCCAGCGUCAGGAUGGCUCGCCAGCAUCCCAUCAGCAGACACCAUUAUCGGCUCUGUCCUCGACACGCUCAUCGGCGUAGAGGGCAGCUCCUUCGCAGCCUCGCUCUUCCGAUUCGGCUUGCUGCGAGACUUCGCACAGAUGAUGCGACUCAAUUUGACCUUCACCUCCGACAAUCCCUCAACAUCAAAAGCUACACACUUCCUAUUCAGCACUCUGCCAUCGAUUCUCGCUCUCGACUUUGUCAGUGUCUUCGGCCUCGCCGUAAUCUUCCUCCUCGCCUGGUUCGUAGCCACCGCUGGCGCCUUGGGGUGGUUCUGGCGCAUGACCUCCGCGUAUGAUCCGAAUCGAGACAUUCAAGGAUUUGAGGGGCAACCCUACAUCUUCAGAUCGCCAAGGCGGGGGACAAAGGCCGCGAACGUCGUCGUGACCUUCUUGUUGAUGACGCUCUAUAUUCCGCUGACGAAGCUGGCCAUGGAUGUGUUGGUUUGGGAGGAGGAUUUCUGGGUCAAACGAGGGGGCGAGGGUGGGGAACAGCCGGUGUGCUGGAGCACAGCGAAGAGUGGGGAGGAGUUCAACUUUGCGUGGUUGCUCGUUCCCCUCGCAGGGUUGAUAGUGCUCGUCUAUACGGUUGCUUGGCCGAUCUACAUGGGACGCGUUAUCCUCAAGAUGCGUCCGCAGCAGCUCAGCCGGUACAAUCAGCUCGGCGUGAAGCGCACCCGUCAGGAGUUAGAGGUGGAAUACAAUCGCCAGCUAUCAAAUGACAAGUCGCCGCUCCGCUUCCUCUACAGCGCAUAUCGACGCAACCACAGCGCCUACGACCCGGUGCACCUCGUCUUCUUCAAGCUCUCAACAGUGUUCGUAAUCUCUCUGUCCUCGCCCAAUAAUUGCCUCUGGCGAGAGACCGAUCGCACCAAACUCCUCAUAGCGCAGCAGUGCCUGCUGCUCAUCCUUCAGGCCGCUCUGUUGACGGUGCACAUCUUCACUCGACCAUUCAAUGACGCCAUUUCAAACCGCUCGGAGCUAUGCAGUCGGGCAAGCUACGUAGCCACGUCCGUUCUCGGACUGGUAGUGGCCUUGAAGGGCAAGCAGGUCUCCACAUCGGCGGUCCUCUGGUGUAUGCAAUUUCUCUCCUACACCUCAAGCCUCUACUUCGCCAUCGUGAGCACCUCGCUCGUCUCGCACGCCGUCAAACGCCUACAGCGGCGGGUAGACUGGGGUAUUGACGUGUAUUCUCCGCACCUCAACUUGGCCAAGCACGUGAGGAGAAGGGUCUGGGAAGAGACGUUGAGCAUUUUGCUGCUCACGGGAAAACGAUUCCGUAUGCGUGAGGGGGGAGUGGUAGCCUUCAGCGCGAGACAGGAUCAGUGGCCGCCGUACCUCCUCUUCUUCAACGGCACACCGGCAGAGCGACACAUUGAGAAUUUGCAGAUUCUCAAGCAGAUUGGUAUCGAUGAGUACAGGCGACAGUGCGAUGCAUUGCGCUCUACAAGCGAGGGAUGGCGCACUCUGGCCCUCCUUGAAGAAAUUCAGCGACAUUAUACCGGGCCAGACGCCUUCUACCGACCACAAGGCGUGGAUGGCAAGGGACAGUUCUCGCCACUACCUUCGCGAGACAGCACUGUGGCGCCUGCUACGAUCUCACACUUCGGCAAAGCCUUCGUCGUCCCCUUUCCACCCACGGUCGUCUUCCGUUAUGACAACGUGCCAGGUGACGACACGAUUGAGCUCAGCACCCUCGCCGAGUUUCAGGACUUCGUCAGGCAGAACAAGAGCGAGGAGAUCACAUCAGCAAAGAUGGUGAGACUGAGCUUGAGGGCCCUCGAUGGACAGCGAGUAUUCUGUCCGUUCGAGUGUAGCGAUGACGAAGCCGUUGGGUCGACCGGCUUGGGUUCAGGCAGAGGCAAGUCGUCCCUGACGUACGCGACGAGCUAUACGUACGCUAGGCUGCGCAUAGCGAUCAAGACCUUCCUACCGUGGCGAGACUAUAACUUUGCGUCCGGCUUCCACGUCUUCCUCGACUACUCAGAGGGAACUCGCUUCGAUGCAAGGACGGGUCGCACCAAGCUGGGCCAACAUGCCGUGUCAGUACCUGCCUCACGGGCAUUUGGGCUGCACGAUACGGACUUUGCUCUCAGCCCAGGUGUGGCAACCUUCUUGCGGGCGAAUGAGCAGAUAUUGCGUGCGAGGUUUAGGGGUAUGGAAGAGCUGAUGAGGGGAUAUCGUGCUCACUUCUAUGCUGAGGCGCGAGGAAAACGAGAGGUGAUGGACUACUCGUUCCUCUGCGACGUCUUCGACCCGCCAGCCCAGCCUGAUGGGCGGCCACCCUCCUUGAAGGACCUUGAUCAGGAACACCACAUCGCAAGAGAGCUGCAGCACGAUUUCCCUCGCACCCUUUCUCUGCUCUGUGCCCGGCAGACGCAUCUCAAUCGCUCCCCACUGCACGCGUACUGGUGGCUCUGGUGGGACGAACUGGUCCGCGCGAACGGCAACGACUACAGUAAAGCCUUGCGAGACGAUCCUAGGAUCAACCCGCGACACGAAAGAAGCAUCGCCUGGACGCCGCUACCUCGUCGCAAAUUGGAGGAGAGGCUCAAAGAGGGCGACAAAAGCUUGGCCAAGCUGCUGCACACGGGAGAGGUGAAUCGGCUCUACUUCGCUCUUGACGCUAUUUGGGCCCAGAUGAAGUGCGGGGAAGGAAAGGGGAUCGAAGUGACACUCGACGGCCCGACAGGGCAGCCGCAGCAUCCCGGCUCGGUAGAUGACGAAGACGACUCUCUCCUCAAGGCCAGUCCAGGCGCGACGCCUACCUCCUCAACCUUCACCGGUGGAGGUGAUACGGAUGCCGCCUCUUCCAUCUUGCCGCUGGUGGACCAGCCCCUCUGGCGGUGGGAGGAGCGCUUGCUCGCAGGGCAAGGGGAUGGAGCUAGACUGGGCAGGGGAAUGGGUUGCUUCCGCAACGCGUGGGAGGCGACGUUGCGCUUUCUCGCUCUGGAGCCGCUGUUGAUGCCGCAGCGCGGGGAGAAGAAGCGUCACAGGGAUCUAUGGGUCUUCGUACAUGUUGAUCGGACGGGGAAGAGGUUGGUGGUGACUCCGAGUGGGGUGAGGGAGUAA